UUGCGUAUCGGGCAAGGAUGCAUCGACUUUUUUGCUGAGCUGGAGCUAUCUGUAACCGUCACCGAGCAAAACCUGGCAGACCGAGUCCGGUAUAUCUUGCGCUCAAAUACAUUUGAUGUCACCGAACUCGAACGGCUACGACGUGAGGCUGUUCCUUCAUCGGGUGAAAAUGCUGCGGCUGAGGAUGCGGCGCCACAACUUGCUGAGCAAACGGCAAAUGUGGAUGCCGCCGUGAAUACGCCAGUUGUGGUUGAUUCAAACGAUGAUGGAACAGUCGACCAGGAACUGGAACUAGAGCAAAUGAGGAGUACAUUGGAAGAGGCGAUUGUGGAAACGCGCAGUACGCCUCUCGAAAAUCGACCGCGACUUCCCCCGCUUAACCCUAAGCAAGCGGAAUCGGGCUGUCGUGAGGGCUCUGAACCCAAUGCUGGUUACCUAUUUGGAAGCCAGCCGGGACCUUUGUAA